AUGUCAAUAUUACAAGGAUAUUCAUCAUCAGGUUCAAGUGACGAAGAAAAGGAUUCACUAAUAUCAGAACAACCACCAUUUAAGAAAGUGAAAACAUUUGCUGGUUCAUUUCAACAACAACUACCACCACCACCACCACCACUAACCUCGUCAUCAUCACUUCAAGAUAAUUCCAACAAUAUCAAUUAUGACAGGAAAAUAUCAAGUAAUGCUAAAAAAUUAGCUAAACAAUUGAAAAAGCAACGUCAUAAACGGGCAUCACGAUCUGGGAUUGAUCCAUGGACCAAUAAUUCAUCUGAUGACAAUGAAAAUAAUACCAACAACAAUGAAGAGCAAACCCUACCUAGUCAAGAUGUUGAAACGAUAAACCACCACGAAGAAACAGAGGUUGUGCCUGCCAAUGACGACUUCACUUUUGAACCAAGUUCGGAAUUUGUUGGUGAUCAAGAAUUUGAUUAUCAAGGACGAUCAUAUUUAACAAUACCUAAAAAUCUACCUAAUAAUUUUGAUUUAACCAAAUCAUCACAACAAAUUCGAGAAUGUUUUGUUCCUAAACGAGUCAUUCAUAUUUUCCCAGGUCAUAAACGAGGAGUUAAUCGAUUAAGAUUUUUCCCUGGAUCGGGACAUUUAUUAUUAUCUUGUGGUAAUGAUAAUUUAAUUAAAUUAUGGUCAAUUUAUAAUACUUUACAUGGUAAACAAUAUCAAUUAUUAAGAAUUUUUAAAGGUCAUAAUUUACCUGUUAAAGAUAUAAUUUUUAAUAAAACUGGUGAACAAUUUUUAAGUUGUGGAUAUGAUAAAUUUAUUCGAUUAUGGGAUACUAAAACUGGUGAAGUAAUUAAAUCUAUAAAAGUAAAAUCUAUUCCUAAUGUAUUAUUAUUUAAUCCAAACAAUAAUCAACAAUUUAUAGUAGGGUUAUCGAAUUUUAUUAUUGAACAUUAUGAUUUUAAUUCUAUUCAAUAUAAUAUUCCUAUACAAAUUUAUGAUCAUCAUCAAGGAUCAAUUAAUGAUUUGAAAUUAUUAGGGUUAGAUAAAUUUAUUUCUUCAUCAAAUGAUAAAACUAUUAGAUUUUGGCCAUGGCAAAUAAAUAUUCCUAUUAAAGUAAUCACUGAUCCUUCACAACAUUCAAUUCCAUCAUUGAAAGUUCAUCCUACAGCAAAUUAUAUAGCUUUACAAAAUAUGGAUAAUACUAUUAAAGUCAUACAUCUGUAUGGGAAAUUUAAAUGGUACAAGAAAAAAAUUUUUAAAGGUCAUCAAAUUGCUGGUUAUGGUAUUGAAAUUGAAUUUACUCCUGAUGGGAAAAUAUUAAUGAGUGGUGAUUGUAAUGGAUUUGCCUAUUUUUGGGAUUGGAAAACUUGUAAAUUAAUUAAAAAAUUGAAAAUUGUCGAUAACAAUGGUGGUGGUGGUGGUGGUGGUGGUGGUGAUAAGAAGAAACCAUUGACUUGUAUAGUUGCUCAUCCUCAAGAAACUAGUAAAGUUGCAAUUGCUGGAAAUUCCGGUGAAAUAUAUUAUUGUGAUUAA